AUGGACCAGAUACACACCAGGGCUAUGGAUGCCCUCCAACCCUUCAUCCACCUCGCAAACUCGAGCAGCGCCACAUCCCCCCGGUUCGCAGCAAAUAUUAUCACAAAUGCCACCGCAAGUCCGCAGACCUACGUGUUCGCCGAAUUGCUGGAGCGGCCCACAAUCCAAGCUCUCCGCUCCCCAGACACUCCCGCAGAGUUCCACGGGUAUCUGACACUCCUGGAGAUCUUUGCCUGGGGCACAUGGCAAGAUUAUCAAAGGACACCUAACCUCCCCCCUCUGAACGACGACCAAGCCCGCAAACUCCGUCUGCUUUCACUGCUGUCUCUAUCUGCCACAACAAAGCCUCUCACCUACGAUGCGCUCAUGGGUGCUCUCUCCAUCUCCGCCCCCGCAGAUCUUGAAUCCCUCGUUACUGCUGCAAUCUACUCCUCCCUUAUUACUGCAAGACUCUCCCCCGCUACAGCCCCGCCGACCGUAAACGUGACCUCUGUUGCUCCGUUGCGGGACGUGAAACCGCAGUCCCUGCCGACGAUGAUCUCAACACUCACACAAUGGGAAGCCCGCUGUGGGGCUGUGAUCAGCGAUAUCGAAGCCGAGAUUGCCAAGAUCAGAGCCGACUCUGCGCAACGCCGGGCGGAGGAAAGCGCCCGGGCUGCACUAAUCGAGAAGACAUUGGCGAGUUGGAACUCUGAGGGUAGUGGUGGUGAGGCAGGUGCGGGAUUAGAUGGCUCUGGUGGUCGGGCCACAGGAUCGAAGAAGCUUGGGUGGAAGCCUCGGGAUCUGGGGGCGGGCCUGAGGGGUCGAGGGAUUAUCGGGGGUGGUGGGAAUAAGCGCGAGUUUAAGGCUGAUGAGUUCGAUGAUGACGGGUUCUGGGAUAAUUCCACUGAGGGGGAUCUUCCUGGGCCUGGGAUGGAUAUUGAUGAGGGUGCUGGAGCAAGAAUGGGGUUGGGGAGUGCGGGGGCCAGACAUGUAAAGCGGAUUCUUGGAAAGAAAUCAUAG